AUGGCGGUGCAUAAACCAAGCAAUAAAAUUAUUGGUGCCUGUAUAGCCGGGCCACAGGGUGUGGAUGAGGCCGACCAAUUGUUUGAAGCUGCUGCUGUGAAGGCAAUACCAAAUGGGGAAAAUUUUAAAACUAUCGCCUGCAUUGAACGUGAUGCCAAGGAUGGUCAACAUUAUGGUGUUGAAAGAAUUCUCGAUAUCGUUGGAACUUGUGUAGAUCGCUCGAUGCGUGGUAGAAAUAUUGCUUCGAGAUUUUAUGAUUUUCUGCGAGAUUUGGGUAAAGCGAAGGGUUACCAGCUGCUCAGGGCCGAUUGCAGCAGUUUCUAUUCGGCACGAAUCAAGGAGCAACAAGGAUGGGAUUGUAUCAACACAAUUGUUUACAAGGAGUAUUUGGAUGAGAAUGGGGAGCCUGUGUUCGAUCUACCACCUCCACAUGAGGAUGAUGAUGAUGAUGAUGGCGGCGGUGAUGAUGGGAAUGACGACGACAAUGAAAAGAAACACCACAACAACAACAACAACAACAACAAGAACGGCAGCAACAAACAACGCAUUUCGAUUGCUUUAAUUUAUUAA